AUGUCCACCACUCAGCCGGGUACUGGCACUGAAGGUACCGACACUACUCACGAGAAUACUACCAAGGGCCACGACCACACCGGGUCCGAAACGACAGGCCCCGAUGUGCCUACCACUCAGCCAGGAACGGACACCACCCACCAGGAAGAGGAUACCUCGACGGAAUCGAGUAGUGAAGCGUCGACAACGACGCCCAUCAUACCGAACACAACCGCCACCGAGGCGAAGAGCGACGAUGAUAACAAAGGUAAAGUGAUAGGUGGUGUGGUUGGUGGCAUUGCAGGUGCUGGAGUUGUAGGAGGUGCUGCGUACGCACUGUUAAGGAAGUCCGGGUCGGGAGUGCCAGUGGAGGACGCGAUGGAGCCGGACUAUUCAUUUAUUUCCCAGGGUGAGUGGGUGGAAGCCGACGCGUCUCCUUUCGACCCUUCGCCCCUGAACGUGCGUGAUGUAUAG